AUGUAUCAGUUCGGUGCAUCGUCGAACAAGAGCAAGCGUACACUUCUCCUUGCUGCCCAGUUCCUACACGAGGAGCUGCCUGUCCGCCUUGCAAGGCGAGCGAGGGAGCUGAAACGUUUGCCCUUCGGCCUGGGAGAGAUGGUGUCAAUAAAAGGAGUGCGGAAGUUGUACGAGAGGAGCUUUUUCCGCAUCCGCAGGUUUCCGAAGCCGAGUACCACAGAGCUGGAGGAAAGGUUUACUGAAAUGCUCGAUGACAUCAAGACCGAGCAUAACAGUGUGCAAGCGAACAUCGCUCGAGGGCUGCAGGUGAGCGAUUGGAGUGACGUCUCUCGCUUCUUGUUAGUGCCCUUUGAUUUCGGGCAGUUCCUGGAUAGAUUCUAUCUUUCAAGAGUGGGCGUGAGAGUUUUGAUCGGUCAGCAUAUCAUGUUACACCAUCCUCAAGAAGGCUUCAUCGGUAUCAUCCAGAAAGAAUGCGUGCCCUCUGUCGUCUGCGAGCACGCUAUUGAAGAUGCCCGGGCCAUCUGCGAGAUGAGCUAUGGGAUAUCUCCUGAGGUUAUCCUAGAGGGGAACCUGGGGCUGAAGCUGAGCUACAUUCCCGAGCAUCUCCACUACAUCUUCUUCGAGCUGAUCAAGAACUCCAUGAGAGCUGUAACCGAGCGCUUUCGCGACAAGCCGGAGAAGAUGGAACCCAUCACUGUCGUCUUUGCUGAGGGCAGUGAAGACAUCGCCAUCAAAAUUUCGGACAAGGGAGGAGGAAUCCCGAGAUCAGGGAUGGACCGCCUCUGGACUUACACGUUCACAACUGCUGGGAACACGCUGGAGAAACUUCAGCAGCUCAAUACACCCGGCCGGCCGAUCAUGGCAGGUUUUGCUCACGGCCUGCCGCUGAGCCGAAUCCAUGCGAGGGCGUUUGGAGGAGAUCUGCACGUCAUGUCGAUGCAGGGGCAUGGAACAGACGUCUACAUUCAUCUCUGCAAACUCGGAGAUCGUGAAGUAUCAGUGCCGUAA